AUGAUGGACGCCGCCGAUCCAGGGCUCGAUCGUGAGCUAGAUGCGCCACCGUCCGACUCCACUCUCGGGCGGACCGAUGAGGAGAUUGGGCAAUUCGCCGAGCCUCCGUCACUGCUUGAGGAGCGGCAACCCAACACGUCGUGGUGGGCACGUAUGAAAGGCGAAAUGACGCGCGUGACGAUGCAUUUUCCGCCCAGCUGGUUCUCGGUGAACAUGGGCACAGGUAUCACGUCCGUGCUUUUGCAUGAGAUGCCGUACCAGGCACAAUGGUUACACUACCUUUCCUACAUUGUAUUCGCACUCAACGUCUUCCUCUUUGUGCUGUUUCUCGGUAUUAGCAUUGUCCGGUACGCCCGGUGGCCAGUCCUCCUGCGCCUCUUGCUACGCCACCCGGCCCAAUCGAUGUUCCUGGGCACAUUCUCCAUGGGCUUCUCGACGAUUAUCAAUAUGGCUGUCCUUGUUUGUGUCCCCCGCUGGGGUCAUGGCUUUACCAUGUUCAUGUGGGCGCUCUGGUGGCUCAACUCUGCCAUUGCCCUUGCCAUGGGUGUCGCACUACCCAUUCUGCAAUUCACGCGUCACUCUCACGAACUCAGCACUGUCACUGGUGUGCUUCUACUCCCAGUCGUCACUACGGUCGUCAUUGCCUCGACCGGCGCAAACGUCGCAGAUGUGCUUCCCUCCAACCACGCCAAGCUGACCCUGACCGUAAGCUAUAUUCUGUGGGGCGCAGGAUUCUGUAUUGCGAUGUUGUGUUUCGCGCUAUUCUAUGCGCGUCUGACCAUCCACAAGAUCCCACCAGCAGCGCUCAUCGUCACCAUCUUCUUGCCACUAGCGGCGUACGGCCUGCUCCGCUUCUCGGCUGUGAUCAACAAGCUGAGUGUAGAGUCAGGGCAAUCGUUGUUUGGCGCAUCGGAAGCGACCGCGAGUGAGGCGCGCAUUAUGGCCCUGGCGCUGUACGGUGUGACGGUGCCCGUGGCGCUGAUCAUUUGGGGCCUGGCUUUUGCCUGGCUGAUCAUUGCCGUGGGCCUUUUGUUUGAUCUGUGGCUCGUGUCCAAGCUAACAUUCAAUCUGGGUUGGUGGGGCUUUACCUUCCCGAUCGGUACCUUUACGACCGCCACCACGCAACUUGCCAAAGAGUUCAAUUCUGAAGCAUUCCGUGUCCUAGGGACCUUGUUUUCUAUCGUCGAGAUCCUGCUGUGGAUCGCUAUUGGAAGUCUAACGUUUUACCGCGCGGUCAAAGGCGAGAUUUUCGUGUCGCCAUGCCUUGCUGAAACCGGCGGGCAGCCGCCCAAAGAGGCGCCAUUCCACCGGCAAUACGAGUACCAGCCUCGCUUUCCCCGCAAGCAGCCAGCUGCUCAGGAUCUAUCGGGCCCCGCCUAA